UCUUCCUUUCCUCCCUCCCACUCUUCCUUCUUUCCUUCUCUUCUUCUUUCUCUUGGGAAAAAGGAGAAAGACCAGUAGCCCCCUUCUUGCCUCUCAGGAUUCUCCAAUCCAAUGGUGGACCGUAUGCCCUGGGGGGGGGAGAAGGGGAAGGGAGCCAGACAAGUACACUCUUCCACAUUGACCCCCAGUUCCACAGUGGAUGCCCCUUCUCUUUAAAAGUCACUCUGCUCUCUCCUCACUGACACAUCAGCCACCUCUCUGUGAUAGAUUUUACUCCCAAAGAAAAUCUCUUGCCCCAGCCCCUGGGUCCCUGUCAAAGACUGGGAGCCAGGACCGUGGCUUGUGCUCCUUUCACUGAGCCCUCCAUGCCAGUAGUUUUCUGCACAGCUUGUGGAUACUCUGGCCUUUACCAACUGAAUGGCUCCCUUCCUCUGCUUUGAGUGUUAAGUGCGGUCCCUGGUCUCUGAUAAAGUAGGGCAGAGAGCCUAAUUUUUGUCCUGGAGUCCUGGUGACCCCUUAACUUUCUUACAUUCCCUGCCCCCCACCUCCCAUCAUGGGCCGAAAGAAGAAGACUUUACAUGACUAUGCAGCUGAGUUUACAGACCUGGGGGUAAAACGGCAUGUGAUUGAACACAGUGAGUCUGGGGGCACCUCUGUGGUAGAGACUCUAUACUGCAAAUCCUGUGAGCUGCCCAUGAGGGUGAGGAGGGACCGCAUCCUGGAGCACCUGUCCUCUGGCAGGCAUUAUAGGAACCGUCACCGCAUGAAGCAGCGUGGAGGCCAAACUCCCAUCUUUAUAUCAGCAGCCUCAGACCUGAGUAGCCACCUCCCUGUACAGGUUGAUCCUCCUCCAGCCUUGCUUUCUCAGCCUCCCUAUGUUUUCCCAGGCGUUCCCUGCCUUACCAGUACCAGUGCCAGCAUGGUGCCUUCACCUCCUUCCUACCACAGAGCUUUGCUCCCUGCCCACCUCAGUGCUAUCAGCUCCACAACCAGUGCCGUGCCUGUCAGAGAAGACCAAACUCCAUCUACCUCCACCAACCACCCUUCUGCAUUCACGACUCUUCACGUGAAAAGCCCCGCCGUCCCCUCAGAACAGAAUAGCCAAAGGCUUAUUGUUUCAGAAGCAUCCAGCAGUGUGGCUUCUGGAAGCGGAGUAGGAUGGCUUCUUAGUGAUGGGGCUUUGGGAAGCAGCCUUGGCCUUGCUCUCUUUGGUGUAGGCUCUGGGAACAAGGCAUUGUUUCAGAGCUUAGUGGAAGAAGACAGCUGCUGCCUGCUCUACGUGGUUGAAGAUCAGCUGUCAGAUGUCGAGCAGGCCUUCAGAUCAGACCAUUUGGUGAACACCCGCGUGCUUCGGGAGCAAGAUGCCAACAUUGUACUUAAUGAUCAGCGUGUCUCUGGAGUCAUUAUCUGUUCACCCCCUGAAGCAGCUUCUGAAAUUGUGAUGGGUGCAUUGAGAGCAGGAAAAGGCAAAGGUGUGUUUUGUGAGAAACUCCCUAGUUUGGAUAGACAGAUUGCUGAGAUGUGUUUCGAUGAAGCUAACAGAUGUGGGAAACCAUUAGUCUGUGGAUUCUACAAGCGUUUUGAUCCAGCUUUACAAUUCUUGUACCAGAAAGUCGGUGAGAGCCGCGCGCUAGGGAGGAUACAUCGGAUAGCAGUCGUUAGCAGCAUCUAUCCACCAGCUUCUCCCAGUUUGCUAAGGAAGUCAGGUGGGAUCUUUUAUAACGCUGCUGUGCAUGACGUGGACAUCGUCAGUCUCUUGUUGGGAGAGAGUGUUCCAGACACAGUCUUUUCUUUGGGUCAUGCGUUCUGCUCAGAUGUGGCCUCUUUGAAAGAUGCAGACAGUGUCAUGGUCAGCAUGAAGUUUCCUAGUGGGGCCAUUGUUAGUUUGGAUAUCAGUCAACACUGCACCAAAAGCUGUGACCUGAGAGUGGAGGCUCAGAACCUAGAAAAAGUUUGCUUUCCUAUGAGAUUAUUAUUGUCAGUAUUGCAAAGAUCUCUAAGACUGGCGGACUUCUUAGGGGUUCAUGGUUCUCAAGGAACUUUACGGGUCGAUAAUCAGAAUCCCUUGGGGAUUACUGAGCGUGGAACCUCCGUGUCCAUAUACUCACACACACAUGUCGAUCGGUACCAAGAAGCAUAUAGAGGACUCUUUCGACACUUUCUCAGAACCCUUAAAGGAAAAGAACCCCCAACUGUCCCCAAAGAACAGUUUCUCUGGACCAUUCAGGUGGCUGCAGCAGCUGAGCAAUCCUGGCGGAAUGGGUCAGCUGUCGACUUCAGCAAUGAAGGUUGAGAUAUAAAUGCGAUGUCGGUUAUCAAGAUGGAAAUACUGUGAAGAGGGAAUAACUGACUUAAGUUUUGCUGAAGAAGACAACCUUAUACCUAUUUCCAUUUUCAUUAAUUUAAAAAAAUUAAUUGCAGUGUUUUGUGACUUUAUUUUCACUGGAAACCAUGAGCUGGGAACUUUGGGGAAAUGUGUGUAUAUGGUAAUGGUGUAGCAAGUAAUUUUCUUAGGAUGUUGUAUUAGGCCCAAAAAUGAAGCUUGAAAGGCAUCAUUCUGUUAGUGUGUAUUUUUCCUUGUGUUCGAAGGAGGCAUUUAGGUGAGAAAGGCUGACAUUUUGUUUUUAAAGAACACGUAUGCAUUAUCCAUCCUGAGAAACAUACCAGCCAUUUACUUCCCACACUGUGGCAACAAAACAUGCUUCUGUGAAAAUAGGUUUGUUGCCCCCGCAUGGAUAUGUGGUCUGUUUUGGGGGGCGAGGGCGGGGAGGAAGGAUGGAGUGAUGCUCCUUUUUCUUUUGAGACGGGGUGGGACAAACAGUCUAAGAUAGGGCUCUUUUCCCCCUCAGACAGUCAAAUCUAGAUGAGAUUGUGUAUAAAUGUUACAGAAAAAGAUAGUGCCUUCCAAAAUGGGCCACUCUGCUUUAACUCAAGUUUGGGGUUAUCUUUUUUAUUCUUAUGUCAGACUUACUGCAGAUGUUUUUAUAUAUUUGAAGAUUCUUGUCUGUAAUUUCUCAUAUCCUACUUUUUCAAAUAAAAGUAAG